AAACGCGAAAACUCAAACAAUCACGGCCAUUGGAAAAGCUUUUGCGUUAAUGAUUAGCCCCCUUAAUGUUGCGCCAGAUGAAGCUGAACCGGUCGAAGAACCCAGGACUAAUGUGAUGUCGCCCUUGGCUGAUUCAAAUAUGGGAUAUCCGCUGGGAAUGUUCAAUGGCCCUUUCGAUGAUUCGGAAAUAUCAAAUUACCGACCUCGCCAAGACAACAGUCUCGUGAAAUACGAACGCACGGGUCUCGACUCUUUAUCCGGAGCGACGUGCGGACAGAGCAAAAAAUACGAUCCGAACACGUUUCCAAAAACCGGAACGACGUACUCGAAGCCUGGAGAAUGUUUUCGUGUACUUGCUAGAGUUCUUCCGAAGCAAAAUUUCGACGUGAUCGAUAGAACGAAGUUGGACAGUUUCGUUAAGAAAAAUGAGAUAAAAAUUCCGAAACAAGUGGCUUCUCAUACCGGUGGAAAGGGUGAUUUUGACGAGAUCGAUUACGGAUUCAACGGUGCAAUCAACACUAAUUAAUAAUUCAAAUAUUUAUUAUACUCCGAAUAACGAAUGAUAUUUAAAAGGAAUACUCCACUGAAUAACCAACUUGGCAGUGAUAAUCGAGUUGAUUUUUUAACUUAAAAAUCGAAUUCAAUCACAACAGCCAAGUCGGCUUUUUUCAGUAAAGUUUUACUUCGACAUAGAGUAUUUUAUAAAUAAAU